CAAUACAUAUCCGACGACAACUUCUCUACCAGGUCCAGCAAGAAAACCAGCUAGGAUGGGCCAAGGACAAUCGCAAGCGAGCACAAGCGGCGGCCGCACCCUCGGAGACACACAACCCCGAACCUCCCAGGAAGGACUCCAAGAUGAGCAAUCCAACGUAGUCUCAGCAGAACAAGCAAGAUUGGACCGCGAGCGACGUGCCGAAGCGGCGCAGCAACGCGUCAACGAGAUGCAGAAGAAGAAGCAGCAGCGGAGCGCUGCUGUUGGUGCGAGCACUGCGGCGCCUAAGAAGAAGACGGCGCUGGAGGAGUUGAGCGCGGAGAAUCGCGGGUGGAGGGCGGCUGAUGAGCAGGCGGACUUGAGGGCGUGGAAUUGAGGCGAGGAGAGGCUGGGGAGGAGGGAGUGUCUGGUUGUGUUUGUGGGGUUGGAAGUUUGGAGAUGGUCCACGAGUGGACGCCAGGGCGGCGGAUGAUGAUAGUCACGUGAUACGAUUUGUCUUGCCAGCAUUGAACCUGGGUUCAUUAGUGUUAGCUUGUUUUAUGAUGCCCAUGUAAAGCUAGCUUGAAAGCGACGGUAAUCGCAAUGGUUACAAGCUGAGUAGAUGUGUUUUUGAAUGACCAGUCAGCUAUAUUCCGGAUCGUCAGGUCGCCAGUGCAGCAUACAUUGUUGUUGAUAAAGAGCAGAGUAGACCACUUUCUGCUCGUACAUGUAAGCUUCAAGUCAUGAUAGGUACGAUGAGUACAAUAUCGCGAGAAACUCCC